UUGAAGAAUUAAGAAAAAAAAGCUAUUUGAUUGAAGAUAAUAUUGUUAGAUCAGAACCAAAUGAAAUCGAAUUAAUUGAAGAAAAUAAUAACAAUAUAAAUGAUUUUUCGUCUAAUAGUUCAUUGAAUACAGAUAACAUCAAUAUAGAUUAUAUGGAUGAAAUUGACAAUUUAGAGAUAAACAAUAAUAUAAAUAAUUUGGAUAGUAUUGAUGAUAUAUACAGUAUGGAUUAUGUAGACAGUACAAAUAAUAUGGAUAGCGAUAAAUAA